GCAACGCCAAGCGCGCUGUCUGCUGCUGCGAGUGUUUGUAUUAUCUUUUAAUUGUUGUUUUCGCAGAAAUUGUCCAUAAAAAUGGAUGUGGAGAAGAUUUGCCUGACCUGCUUGAGUCUGACUGGGCCGUUUCUAUCCAUUUAUGAGGGCGGAGUAGGCAGCUGCCUGGCCGAUAUGCUCAAGCAGUUCACCAAAACGAAGCCGCGCCCCGAGGAUAAUCUGCCCAAACGGGUCUGCCUGAGCUGCCUGAGUGAAAUAAACCACUGCUACACGUUUAAGAUCAAGUGCGAAAACUCCAGUCGAACCCUUCGCCAGCUGCUGCCAAAUGCCCUGCCGGAGGAGCCCGAUUUCGCCCCCACAAAGUUUGUGGACUCUGCCGAGAAGGCCGUACAGACCACCGAACCCUGUGCCCCGACAACAGCCACAACUGGAGUGCAGACCACGUCUGUUCCCACCACAGAUGCCGCACAGAAUACCAGUCUAGAUAAGUCUAGCUCUGCCCCCGAAGAGGAGGAUACAGAAGAAGACGGCGAAGAGUGUGAGGUUUUUGACUACGAGCUACCCGUCGAGGCUGCGGAAAAGGAGGAAAAUGAAAAAGAUACCACUGUGUAUAAACUCGAGCCCGAGACCCAGAAGAUAACAGAAUGUAAUAUAGCCCUAUUCGAGGCCCCCGACAGUGACACAGAGACACCCGAACCCGCACAGACUUCCAAACCGCAGUUAAGAACACGAAGAAGUGUCGCCAAACUGCUUCUUCAGCAGCACGAGCAGGUUAAGCAGUCACCCAAACGGGAAAUAGAAGACUCAGAGCCAGAGGCAAAAUCUUUGCCAACACCGGCCAAGAGAACCUCACGACGUCGCCAGGCCGAAAAACAAAUUGAAGAUCAAUCCACAGCAGAAAUGGUGGCACCGCUCCCAAAACUGAUCAAGGUCAGCAUCACCCAUGGAGAAAUAAUGGAUCUAAAGUAUCAGUGUGAUCGCUGCAAUGCUGGCUUUGCCUUGGAGAAAUCCCUGAUGAUACAUCGUCGACAGAAGGGGUGCAUCAAUCGCAAUUAUCCCUGCAACGAAUGCGAGCGAGUGUUCGUUUCCCCCGAACAUCUGGCCGAGCACCAGGCCACCCAUGGCACAUUCAAUUGCCAGGAGUGCGGAAUGCUGUACGAUUCCAAGGAGCAGCUGGGCAAGCACAUGGUGCAGGGCCACAAAAGGAACCUGCGCAAUCAGUGCAGUGUUUGUAAGAAGGUGUUUACCAUGCUAUCAACCCUGCGGGAUCACAUGCGCAUCCACACCGGGGAGAAGCCAUUCCUGUGCAACAUUUGUGGCAAGAGCUUCACCCAAAAUGCCAAUCUGCGCCAGCACAAGUUGCGUCACUCGGAUAUCAAGAGCUUCAAGUGCACCGAGUGUCCGCAUUCGUUUGUAACCAAAGCGGAGCUUACCUCCCAUGCCCGCACCCACACCGGCGUCAAGCCGUUCGAGUGUGAGGUGUGCAUGUCCAAGUUUACGACGAGCUGCUCGCUGGCCAAGCACAAGCGGAAACACACCGGCGAGCGACCCUAUGCCUGCGACUUGUGUCCCAUGCGCUUUACGGCGCUUAAUGUGCUCAAGAAUCAUCGACGCACCCACACAGGCGAGCGUCCCUAUGUGUGCCCCUUCUGCUCGAAGACCUUCACACAACGCGGCGAUUGCCAGAUGCAUCAGAAGACCCAUCAGGGCGACAAGAUCUACAUUUGUCCGGUGUGCAGCGAGGAGUUCAAAUCAAUGCCAGAGAUGCGCACACAUUUGGCCAUACACGAGCAGGAGGACAAGCGCUUGAUGCACUUUACGCUGCUCAGCAACAAGGAGAAUGGGAAUGGGGGGACCCUGGAUGAUGAGCUCACUGAAGUGACGAAUUCGACAUUGAUGCUAUAAGGGAUAUAAAAGAAGAAU